UCUAUGAGUGUCUACACCAAUGAUGUUUGUCGGUGUCAUACUAAAACAGGUUAUCCGGUCCGUCGGGCUGUGUUCGCCGGUAGAAAAUAAAUGGAUAAUAAAUGGAAAUCCGUCGUCGUCAUCAGUGCUGUCUUCCACCUGACUGGCCAGUCCCACGCCAGAGCGUGACGUCGCCGCUGCCAGCGUGGAACGCACGUCGCGCGAUAAUCCAGGAAGUAAACUGUCCGGUUCUAUCUGCGGCCGGAUCUCACAAGGAAGUCGGGCCAGUAAAUAACGUUACGUGUCAGAUUCCAUAUUCCAACUGGCUUUCCCGAAGACUUCCCAAGGGACACAGCGACGACUCCUCGCCACAGAUAUCCUAGCGUCCCCGUCCACAGCAGAGCCGCUCCGUCAGGCUGGCAGCGGAGUGCAGUGACGCACACACACACUCCUUAGACGAUGGUGGACUCCACGCUGGCUCAAGUGGGCAAGAAUCUGAGUCAAGCCAUGAGAAUACUGGAAGACGGACAGAGAAAACUGGAGGCAGGAACAGAGAGGCGGCGUUUCAGCAGAACCAGCAUCCCUGGACCCCUGCAGGGAGAUGGUCAGGAUGUUGCCACUGUACUGCACCUAGUUCACAACCUCAUACAUGAAGGGGAGGAGGAGGAAGACAAGCCCAGCCAACAUAGGAUGCAGAAUGUGGGUGAACAGGGUCACAUGGCCUUGCUGGGUCACAGCCUGGCAGCCUACAUCUCGGUCCUGGACAGAGAGCGACUGCGGAAGCUGACCACUCGGAUCCUGUCUGACACCACGCUGUGGCUCUGCAGACUGUUCAGGUACGAGAAUGGCUCAGCCUACUUCCACGAGGAUGACAGGGAUGGCCUAGUCAAAGUGUGUCGGCUGGUAAUUAAUGCCCGUUAUGAAGAAUAUGCCUCAGAGGGCUACGCAGUCCUCAGCUCCAAACAGCCAGUCAUCUACCAGAGUGCUUCCGGCAGGCCUGGGCUGGGACAGCACCUGUGCAGCCAGCUCGGCUUGCCGCUCUCUAGUCUGUGCACAGUCCCAUGCAACACCGUCUUUGGAUCCCAACACCAAAUGGACGUCGCACUGUUGGACAAACUGAUCAAAGAGGACAAAGAAGCUGGGAAGCUUCCUUUGCUGCUUAUCGCCAACGCAGGUACCCCUGGGGCAGGACAUACCGAUAAGUUGGGUCGUCUGAAGGACCUUUGUGAUCAGUACAGCAUGUGGCUCCAUCUGGAGGGGGUCAACCUGGCAACCCUGGCACUGGGUCAGGCCACCUCUGCGAUCAUGGCUGCCAACAGAAGUGACAGUAUGACACUGACACCAGGUCAGUGGCUGGGACUGCCUGCUGUAAGCGCCGUCACCCUCUACAGACACGAAGACCCAGCACUGUCUUUGGCAGCAGGUUUGACCUCCAGCCAGCCGGUGGCAAAGCUGCGAGCGUUGCCUCUCUGGCUCUCCCUGCAGUACCUCGGUCACAAUGGAAUUGUUCAGAAGAUCAAACACGCCACCGUUCUGAGCCAGCAACUCCUGCAGAAGCUAAAGACUCUGGCCUCCAUCAAAACAUCAGAUGUCCUUGAGACUGAGAUCUCUCUCGCCGAGGCUUUGGUCAUGGUGGAGGAUGAACUCAGUUCCCCUGUAGUGCUAUUCAAGUUUUCCCAGGAAAUGAGUGCUGCAUCCAGUGGGGGUUCAGUGGAAGGUUACUGUGCUGGGGAGAAAGAGGUGCUUGACACCUUCAACAGAUGGUUGGGUGAACAGCUGCUCCAGCUGGUUCCCGCUAGUGGAAUGGAUGUGGUGGAGCUUGAAGACGAGGGUACAUGUGUUCGCUUCAGUCCCCUCCUGACUGCUGCAGUUCUGGGGACCCAGCAGGGGGAUGUUGAGGACCUGGUGGAGAAGCUGUCAGAGCUGGUGCCUGUGAUGAGCUCCACAAUGUGCCUCAGACAGGACUUCAGAGAGGAAACCCACCGACACUCACCGUCGCUCAUAUACGUAGAAGAGCUCAGCUGGCCUGGCUUGGGUGCUGUCCGGUACGAACCUCAGGCUGAAGGAAUCGAUGAGAGCAGGAGGAAGCAGGAGCUGGAGAAAAUCAACACUGAGCUGCUGAAGAAACUACAAGAGCUUGACACUGACAUCAUCUUCUCCACUGGCCCUGAGUUUGGAACACAAGAGAACUGUAUCUUUGUUGGCAUGGUGACUGAGGACGUUGAUGUUUCAGAGCUGGUGAAUACAAUAGCUACCCUCGGGAGGGACAUAGAGGAGAGUGGAAGGCUUUUGGAGAACAUGACAGAGGUGGUGAGGAAAGGCAUCCUGGAGGCAGAGCUGCAGCUGCAAAAGGCCAAUGAGGAGAAACUCAUGGAAGAGGGAGUGAUGAGACAGCUUCCUCUGGUUGGCUCUGUGUUAAACUGGUUCUCUCCAGUUCAAAGCUCCAUAAAGGGCAGGACCUUCAACCUGGCUGCAGGUUCCCUGGACUCCACAGAGGUGACUUACUCCACCAAGGCCCAAACAGGCAGGCCGUCCCUGCAAGACACUCCCACCUCCUCAUCAAAGAGACUGCCAGGUCAGAGGUUAUUCCAGCGCUCAGGGGGGGCAGGCUUUGACUCCUUCAGUGAAACCAGUUCCAUCGGACAAGCCGAGGAGAGCGCCGGGGAGGGGAGCACCACUUUGAGCAGCAGCUUCCGCCCACCCACCCCUCCACCCGCACCCGAGGAGAACUCACAGCCCGCGAGUGACGUCAUACAAGAGAAAGUCCCAGAGUCCUCUGUGCAGGUGAAUGCGCAGGUGGAGGCUGAAGUGGAGACUGAAGAGGAGAGGCAGCCUGAAGGCCAAGAGGUGGAGCAGAGCGAGAGAUAGGAUGACUCUUUCUGCAGGUGUCCUCCAACCGUCCUUUAAAUGGUACCAGCCUAACUAACAGAUGUUUAAAAACAAAGGUGUUAUUACAUUGUGAAUCUUACUCUUCCAGUUUUGAAGGGAAAGCUGAUGGAGAUUGGGCUGUUUCCGUCCCAUUGUUUCAGGACAGCAAGAAAAUCCACCCUGGCUACUCUUAUACUGUCAUGCUCAGUUCUCUGCAUUCUAGUUAUUUACUGAUUAAAGCUGCAGUAGGUAACCUUUUAAAAAAAAAAAAACGUUUUGUCAUAUUUGCUGAAACUUUCACUAUAUCCUGACAGUAGAACAUGAGACAGAUAAUCUGUUAAAAAAAUCAGGUUCCUCUGGCUCCUCCUAGUGCUCCUAAUGGUAUUUGCAAGAAUUCACCAGGCCUGAAUGAAAACAACCAAUCAAAGCCGGGAAAAGGAUAAACACGCUUUGGGUUGGAGGCUUGAAGAUAGUUGAUUGUUGAGUCUCAUUCCCAGAGUCCCAAAGCGUCUGUAUUUGGCAUCCAGGGAAUGAGACUUAACAAUCAACCAUCUUUCUUCUUUAUGAUUGGUUGUUUUCGUCCAGGCCCGGUGGAUUCUUCCAAAUGCCAUUAGGAGCACUAGGAGGAGCCAGAGGAACCUGUUUUUUUCACAGAUUAUCUGUCUCAGGUUCUACUGCCAGGAUAUAGUGAAAGUUUCAGCAAAUCUGACAAUAAAUAUUUUUUAUAAAAGUUACCUACUGCAGCUUUAGGUGUUCUAAUAUGAUAUUUCUUUAAUGUUGAUGCAGCAUUCUGAGAACCAUUUAUGCCUGUUAUUAAAAUGCAGUCUGCAUCCAGACACGUUAAAAAAACACAUUACUUACUGCAAGGUGUAAAUGUGUCGUGAUCAGAUCUGCCUGACCACAUCUGGAGGUAGUCUGGCUCACAUUGUGGGCUGAUCUUGCAUUAAUGCAAUCCAUACAACGUGCUGGUGCCCUUCCACAAUGUAACUCAUAUAGAUAUUAGUCAGCAUAAAGCACAUUUAUUGGUAUUCAUUUGGUAACAUACAGCUAACGUAAUGAUAAUAAAAUAAUGAUUGAGGUUUGCUCAACUGUUACUGGAGCACAGAGCAAAAAGGCGGGUGAAAUAUGGGAAUUUAAUGUAGUCAGUUGGACAAAGUUUCCCGGAACUCAACAACUCACAAAAAAAAUGAAGGGUGUUUGGGGCAGAGAUCUGAUCUCAGUGAGGAUAACGCUUUAAAAACAGCAGGUGUGAGGCACCAAGGAAAGAUUGGAUCAUGUAUUAUUCGAAUAACAAGUGGCAUUUUAAUAGCAGGCUUAAAUGUGUUGUGAGAAAUGUUCAGAAUGCCUUUUAACCACUUAAAAAAGACGAGAACUGGAUAUACAGUUCCUGCCUCUUUUGCCCUGAAUGUCCCCCUGUAGGAACACUGUUCUGCUGUCAGACUGCUUCAUAGCUGCACUCGAAAUCUCUUGUGUCAUCGCUGAUUGGCUGUGCUGUCACACAGGACAUAACAAAAAUACACUAAACAGCAGAAGAGGUGUUUUAGGGUGGAUUUUUUCCUCGGAAGGUUGGAUGGAAUAGUUGACAUCCAUCCUUUUUAUACUAAAGUCUGUCACUUGAUGACUUUGGGGUGUCCUGUUGGAUUAUAGAGCAGAGAAGUGGCCAUAUUGCACACAGAAUUCCUUUAGCUUUAAAGAGAAAUACAUUUAUGAUUGGUUCAGGAGUCUCCAUUCACUUCAAAUAAAUCAGCUCACUAUUAACUGCAGUUAAAAGGUUUAGAUUCCUCACUGUAAAUAGUCUACACAGAUGAUAUAUAUCUAACCCACCCAAUUACUAACUAGAAUUAUUUAUAAUGAAAUAAAUCUGUAUAGAAGAAGUAGAGUACCAUAAUCUAUUUAAUGAAAAAAAUGCCUACUGAACAUACAAGCUUAAAACACUCCCUUAAUUAAUGUGCACUUCCCCACAAUCACUGCUGGGGGAAAAAUACAUCAGGACAUCUGAAAGAUUUUGGGUUGUUUUGAGUAAAAAGUCACAAUAUUACAAGAGUAAAGCAGUUGUUAUUACAAAAAUAAAAGCAUAAUUUUACAUUAAGAAGUUAAUAAUUAUUUGAGAUAAAGCUGGAAUUCUAGUCAUGAAGAAAAAUCACGCUAUUACAAGAUAAAACUUUAACUGUACAAAAGGAAGUGACUAUAGGAAUAAAGUUCAAGAUAAAGUUGUAAUUUUACAAGACAAGUUAUGUUACAAGAAAAAUAACAAGAUAAAGAGGUACUGUUACAAGAACAAGUCGUGAUAUUAUCUCAUAACAUUACAAAUUCAACUUUUUCUUGUAAGAUUACAACUUGACCUUUCUCGUACAAAUUCUGACCUUAUGUUGUGACUUUUAUUUUUCCAAAUAUUAUGGCUUUAUUCUCAAAUGUCAGAAGUUAUUUCAAACCAGGGGCCCUAAUACUCCAUUGUAUAAAAUAAACUCCAGCCACAGCUUUGUGACUCUAACUCAUAUUUACUUUAUGAUUGCACAUGCAGUGGGGGCCAGAGUUUUGAAUUUCUAUAUGAAUUUGUUUUUAUUUUUGUCAGGAAUGCAAGCUGAGCAAAACGUGGCCUUCUGUCACAGAGGAUGUAUGAGGAAUAUUUCCUUUCUUUGAAAAAAACAUCCUGCCAGACCUGGAUUCAAAGUACUUCCUGUCCUGGUUACCCUUAUCCUAGUGCCAUAUUACAAGGCCAAAUAGAUGUUUGUGUUUGUUUGUUUGUUUGUUUGUUUUUUGUUUGCUUAUUUGUCCUUUGGUCUGUUUGUUCUGAGUUGAUUCUGCCAGGCUUGGAUAUUCAACCCAACACUUGUCCUUAUCCCCUUGAUGUAUUUUGCUAUAAAUAAUCAGCAAUAGCAUAAGCUAAGGAUUAUUUUGAUGUGUUUAUUAACUUUUCUUUAAAGGUUAUAUAUAUGAAAUUCACUUGCCACUAGAUGUCACUCUAGAGCACCAGCGUCUGUGACCCAAACAAAAACAGCACUAUGGCUGACCAGACUCCAUUGACAAAAGCAGUACCUAGCAGAUAAUCGUAAUACACUUCAAACUGGACAGAAACAAAGUUAAACUCACCAAAACUGUCUUUUGUUAGUCUUUCCACUGUUCCAACAAUCACCAAUUCUGGUUUUGUUUGUCUUAAUUCACCAACUCUCCUAAAAGCCAGCAGGUUCACACGGAGGGACACACAUGCAGUUCAAAGGAUCUGCUGUAUUAACACAAUUACUCCACUAUAUCUUUAAAUAGCAAAUAGUUGUUUGCUGCUAUAUUAAUGUUCUAAAUCUCAUAUAUAUCACUUUUAAAGGAUUUCUGGGGAUAGAAGGUCACAAAGUUCAAACAGUGUACCACACUGGAACAAUACCACAGACAUGUUUAGGGUAGAUCCUAAAGGUCUUUACUCUGUUUGGUUGGAGUCAUCCCAGAUGGAAGUUAGUCAAUGAUGAGGGAAAUGUGGUGAAAUCUGUGGUUGUCAAUCCAAACUAUGGUCUAGAUUUCACUGAGACACACAAGGUCAGGUCAGAAAUUUUGGAACAAAUUCUCACAGUGUGACUGCUGCCACCACCAACCACAGUUACAAACCAACCAAUCAGAAUAUAACAUGAAAUGACACAGAAAACACUGUCUGACAUGACACUGAACUGCCCAUAGACAUGCCCUUUAAAACUGAUAUGGUACAGUGAAGGAGUAAGAAAAUAUUUAAAAAUAGCGCAAAAUUUUGUUUUGUGAUAUUGUAUUGAUUUGAUUUUUGUGUUUAAACCCCCGACUGCUAGAAAACAGUGUUGUAAUGAAAACUGAGGGCUAUGAUGUUGGAUGUUAAAUGAUAAAUACAAAUGCAGAUCCCACUGUCCUCCCAAAUUAGAUUUGUCUUUAAUCACAAUGGAAGUUUGUCAUGAAUGCACACUUAAUAUGAAACUGUGAUGGGAACCUCUCUAAAAAUGCAAACAUCUUUCGCCUGAUAUUCAGCAUUUUGAUGCAACUUUACACAACUUGAUUAACGGGAAUUCUCAUUGUUUUAUAUGACUUUUGGAAGUGAAUGGGAUUGAAUGAGCCUCGGUAGGUUUUGCUCCCAUGGACGUGCCUCAAUGUAAAAACAAAUUUGGCCAUUGCCGUCCUUUAGUACUUGAGCCAGGUACUGGUUGAACAUUUACUGUAAAGAGUUGUAAAAUGUGGAUUAAAUGUGGUGGUUAUGAUAAGGAAUGAAGAUUACAAAGGAAUCUAUUUGAGCUUUAUUGCACUUGUUCUGUAGAUAAUGUCUUUACUACUGUUCUUUAUUUAAUUAUUAUAUUGUGUAAAUGAAGGGGAAUCUUCUUGAUGAUUAUUAUGUUCUGUUCUGUUAUUAUAAUGUCAAGCGAAAUCAAUAACUUUAUAACCUUACAAGAACAUGUUUUGAUGAAGAGCUUUUGAUUUGAUAUAAGGAAAUGUCCUGGACUGUCCUGCCUCUGUCACUGUCUGAAUGAUGAUUGUAUUUAAUCAGCAGAAUCUUUUCUCUUGAAUGUUUUCUACCAUUAGUUUACAGUACAGAAACACUGACAUAUUUUGUGUCAUUUUGUGUCUCUCAACAGAUUAAAUUCAACAUUUUUAUAGUCUUAAUGUUCAGUUCUAAUUCCAAAAGUACCUCUCCAUCUGAUAUUUAGUCUUCCUCUAUACUGUUGGGAGUUUGUGGUUCUGUUUUUCAGUAUAUGUUCUUAAAGCUGCAGUAGGUAAUUUUUAUGAAAAAUAACCUUUGUUAUAUUUGCUGAAACUUUCAGUAUAUCUUGACAGUAGUAUAUAAAACAGGUAAUCUGUGAAACAAUCAGGUUCCUCUGGCUCCUCCUGGUGCUCCUAAUGGCAUUUGCAAUAAUCCACUGGAUGAAAACAACCAAUCAGAGCCAACAAAAGAUAGUCGAUUAUUUAGUCUCAUUCCCAGGUUGUCAUAUACCAACACUUUGGGUUGGUGGUUUGAAGAAAGUUUAUUGUUGAGUCUCAUUCCCAGGGUCCCAAAGUGUCUGUGUUUUAUGACCUGGGAAUGAGACUCAACAAUCAACUAUCUCAGGAGCCAGAGGAACCUGAUUGUUUCACAGAUUAUCUGUCUCAUGUUCUACUGUCAGGAUAUAGUGAAAGUUUCAGCACAUAUGACAAAAAGUUAUUUUUAUGUACUGUGGCUUUAAGUACAUUUGUAAUUGUAUUUGAGCCCUAGAUGUCUGACAGAGCAAUAAAUGAAAGCCAAUGGGGAAAACAUGGUCAGGCAUUGAUAAAUAAAAGCACAUUUACAGACAAAAUGAAAAUCACAAUGUGGAAAAGUACAUGUAGUAUGUAUGAAUGUGUUAUAAGACAGAAUUUCACAAGUAAAGGGGUAUUACUACAGUAUAUCUAAUGUAGCUACAAACAGACCCAAAUAAGUUGGUGGUAUAAUCUGUAGAAAUUUCAUCUGUCCUUAAACUAAAAAAAUUGUAGCAGUGAAUGAAACUGAAAUGCUGGACUGAAACUAAAUCUGUAUGUCAGCAACCUGCUUUCAGACUUUUGUGCAAUCUGAGGCAUGACAACAAACACAAAAUAAGACAAAACAGCGGUACCAAAGCAAAUAAAAAUGUAUGAAAAAUACUACUGAUUACUGAUAAGUGUGGACUUAAGUCACGUGACUUGGACUCGAGGCAAAAUUGACCCUUCCUAAGCUUCACCCCUUUUUGCUCUGUGCUCCAGAAACAGUUGAGCAAACCUCAGGCAACGCUUUCCUUUCCUGUACUUAGAUAUGCUAUGUGCUGUGCUAGUCUAUGUUGAAAAGACAAGUUAAAAGAUAAAAGGGACAUACAUAGUCACAUCUUAAGGAAACUAAUGUUAACAAAUCCCUUGCUUAUUCGCUAGAUCAUUUACAUCAAUUGUUGGCUAGCCACUUACAAUUCUAAGCUCAUGUUAGAAACAUGCUAGCCAAUUAGCUAGUUAACAAUUAAUGUAAAUUAGCUUGCUAGUGAGCUAGCAUUUUGUUCACAUUAGUUAACAUCCACAUAAUCACAUGAUCAGAUACUUUCAUUUGAGUCACUUAGAAUGACAUAAAACACAAACCGUUAGUUUGGUUUAGAAUUUGUUUAUUAGCACCUUAACAAUACAUUGGGUUCUAGAUUAGCACACAUUGAGUUUACAUUGUGUGAUUGUGUCAUAUUGCUACUUGGUUUAAUAUGUUGUUAAUUCAUUUCUGUUUGUCUUUGAGUUACCUGAUCGCUUAGUUCUACUUCCUGGUUUGGCAAACGUUGGGGCUGAGGGCCGAGCCAAGGACCAUACCAAGAGCUCUGCCACCAGGGGGGAUCAGUGAUUCUUUGUGUUGAGUUUCAGUAAUUGUCUAUGUGGUCCUCACCUAUGUGUAUUCAUUGGUUUGAUCAGCCAGUAUAUAUUUUGUCCUCAUGUCUCAUUCUGGUAGGUCUGUUAGGUGAGUUAAAGUCUUGGUAGCCUUAAUUAUUCGUAGAGUUGUGUUUUUUGUUGUUUGACCUCUUUAAGGGCCCUAUAACUCAGUUAAUUCAGUUGCCUUCAAUAAUCUGUUUUGUUGAAUCUUUUUGGGGGAAAAUAAACCCAACUUUUGAAUUUAAAA